UAUUCAAAGUUUUUUACUCCUUCACAUCACAUCCUGGAGCAAAUCUUUCACCUAAUUGCAAUGACUUCCAAGGAAACCACUAAGAGGCCAUUGGAGGACGCCGUCGAUGAUACCCCCGUUAAGCGUGGUAGAGGCCGACCGCGCAAAUACCCUCCCAAGGAAAAAGUACCAGGCCGUGGCCGAGGACGUCCACGAAAAGAUCCAAAUGCGUCGCCAAAACCGAAGGUAGAAAAAGUCCCUGGGCGUGGUCGAGGUCGCCCGCGCAAAGACGAGAACUCGGCGACUCCCACCAAAAGUUCAGCGAAAAGCCCAGGUGUUGGACGUGGGCGACCCAAGAAAGAAGUCACUGACAGCUUGUCUCUCUCGAAGCUUUCGCAGCUCGUUGGCACUUAUGAGAUAAAAUGUCAAAAGGUGGAGGAAGAAUGGCCCACAUCAGCUGGAGAGAUGUCGAUUUCCAUUAGCGCCCUCCCGCAUACCAAGGCAUGUCUUAUCGCUUCUUUCAGUCUAGGCAUUGUGGACGGUACAAUGCUUCUUUCGGCACAGGAGAAGACCGUCAUGCGGGUAUCUGACGAGCUGGAUGAUAGCGAAGGUGAUGAGGAGGCGACUGAUGAUUUCCCGGAUCCGACUGUGAAGAACGGCAGAGUUUAUUUUGCAUGGCGCGGACGGGGCGAUGAAGAGCAGGUCUACCGAGGUCAUACUGGUAUAGCAGACUUUAAGGCUCCCGAUUUUACGUCUUUCAAGGCCAGAAGCGACAUCCCCGGUCUGGGAGAUGUAUGCGUUUUCACGGGUAAAAAGGUUCAGGAUGAGCCUGAAGGGUCACCGGAGCCUUGGUCAGCUUUCCCCGACGCAGCGUGA